AUGGCUACACCACCUGCCCCGACUCCUGUACUGGAGUGGCCAGACUACAACACCACUCCGACUGGGGGCGACCCACUGACUACCGAUCUCAACGCUCCAUAUGAUAAAGGGGACCUAUGCUGGAUGCUGGUCAGCACAGUACUGUGCUGGCAAAUUACCCCAGCAAUCGGCUUCCUCUACGCAGGCAUGCACCGCCGCAAAGCCGCCAUGACCAUGAUUUUCCAAUCUCUCUUCUGCGCCUGCGCCGCCGGAAUCCAGUUCUGGGUCUAUGGAUACUCCCUCUACCAAUCGCACACCACUGGUCCUUUUAUCGGCGACUUGUCUAAAGCGGGCUUGCACACUGUACUCGGCUACCCCUCUCUCGCAAAUUCUGAUAUCCCUGAUAUCUUAUAUGCGUGUUUCGGGUUUACCUUUGUCACUGCCACGGCGAUGAUUCUGGCGGGAGCGAUGUUGGAGCGUGGCCGGUUGGGCCCGUCAAUGAUUUUCCUACUGUGCUGGACGACGUUUGUGUACUAUAUCCUCGCGUAUGCGGAGUGGAACCCUAGCGGCUGGUUGUAUCAGCUUGGAGUACUGGAUUUUGCGGGAUCAGGUCCCGUGCAUAUUGCGUCUGGCUUUUCUGCGCUGGCCUGGGCGAUUAUGCUGGGUCCGCGUGUGGAUCCGCACAAGGAGUCGCUGCACGCGCGGAUGCCGCAUUUCAGGCCGCAUAGCCCGUUUUUGAUUGGGCUGGGCACGAUUUUUAUUUGGUUUGGGUGGUUUGCGUUUAAUGGUGCUUCAACGGCAAAUCUCUCCAUCCGCUCCAUCUACAUUGUCUGCAACACCAACCUCGCCGCUUCAGGCGGCGGCCUCGCCUGGGUCGCCCUCGAAUACCUCUUCACACGCAAAUUCUCCAUCAUAGGUUUCUGCUCCGGCAUCAUCUCCGGUCUCGUCGGCAUCACCCCCGCCUGCGGCUUCGUCCCCAUCGAAACCGCCGCGUUAGUCGGCGCACUCACAUCCUGCGCCUCCUUCUUUACCGUAAAAUACAAGCACCUUCUUCGUGUAGACGAGGGUCUCGACAUCUUCGCCAUCCACGGCAUGGGCGGCUUCGUCGGCGACAUCCUCACCGGCUUCUUUGCCUCCAAAACCAUCCCUGCGCUCGACGGCAAAAGCAACACUUACGAGGGCGGCUGGUGGAACCACAACUGGAAGCAAAUGGGAUACCAGCUCGCCGCUGCGACUACCUGCGCUGCAUGGUCGUUUGUCAUUUCAAUCAUUCUUCUCUUCAUUAUUAAUAAGAUCCCUGGGUGCCAUAUUAGGGCUACAGAGGAGGAGGAACUACGGGGGCUGGAUUACAAGUAUUUUAGCGAUGUGGAGGAGGAUUUGGUCGUGCUGAAUGGGUAUGGCAGUGCGAGGUUGGGCGAGUCGGGUUUGGGGGUUGUGUCGAGUGGGGAGGGGAGUCAUCAGGAUAUUCCUGUUGAUGCGGGCAAGCGGGAUUGA